AUGGCAUCAAGCCCUUCCGGGAAGCAGUCUAGGUACCAUGGAAUCCGGAGUCGGGGCGGAAAAUGGGUGUCCGAGAUUCGAGAGCCACGUAAGACUAGACGCAUAUGGCUUGGGACUUUCCCAACUGCGGAGAUGGCUGCAGCAGCCUAUGACGCGGCCGCGCUCGCUCUCAAGCGCGCGGAUGCUGUUCUCAACUUUCCAAGCUCCAUGGACUCGUAUCCUGUGCCAGCAUCCAUGUCUCCACAGGACAUUCGUAGCGCUGCUGCAGCUGCUGCUGCGGCAACAGCACUACAACGGAAUGAGGAGGCGGAUAACAGUCUUAAGGUCACAGAGAGGCAGAACAAGUACGAAUACGAUAUGACGAUGAUGAGUAGUACUAGUUUGGCGUCGUCUGUGGGGAUGGAUGAAGAAGAGCUUUUCGGGAUGCCAAAUUUGCUGGCGAACAUGGCAGAGGGCAUGCUUCUGUCUCCACCGAGACCGUCUGAUUAUCCCGACUCGUCCGGCAAUUCAGAAGGAGCAGAAAGUCGUCUAUGGAGCUAUUGA